GAGUCGUGAGCGAGAGCGUACGACACAUAUACAUACACACAUACAUAGUCAUACGUACUUGCGCGGUGCGUGCGACCGUGCGUGCGUGCAUGCGUGCGCCACGGAACGAAACGAAACGAAACGGAACGAAACGAAACGGGAGAGGAGAUCGUGGACGCCUGCGGGGGUCGAGAGGCGAGAGAGUGGAGAAAAGGCGCACACACACACACACAUACACACAUACGCACACACGCUGUCAUGGCGUUAACGUUAACGACGCGUGUCGAGCGUACUACGUGCCGUCGGCGACGCUGCCGCGAAGCGAGGUGCCGGUAAUACACCGCCGUUCCGCCGCGGUGCAACCCCCGGGUAACGUACUCGAGAGUGACGGCGAUCGUCGUCGUCCGACCGUCCGCACGGGGGAAAGAAAGACAGGGAUGUCUGUCUGAGCGGACCAGAGAUAAGGAAAUCCGCGGUGGACAAUGCAACAAUCUGGAGGCCAGUGUCUUUAGUGGUAGUUGUGCAGUUACGCCUGUGAAAGAGUGUAUGGUGUGCAUUCCUUAUAUUCUAUGUCCUCUGCCAUCACAACCGCGUGGACAGCUUCUCCUCAAAGGCCGUACCAUCGCUUUCUGUGGAGUUUCCCUGUGUGUGUUCCGUGAUAUUACACCGGACUGUGAAGGUGAUGGUGAUAAUAUGUCAUCAUAAAAUGACUGUCCGUGUCCGAUCAAGAACCAGCACCGAGCUUCACGGUGGAGAAAUAGGACAUGCUCGAUGAAAACAAUGCCUAAGUAGAGGAACACAUGUUCUGGGAAUUGAUGGGUAUAUGCUUUUCCUGCAGGAGACCCACCAGCGGCAGGUUGAACAGUAAAAUCUCUGAGCAUAUCUCGGCCUCCGUAACCCCUCUCCAUGUUUGUCUGGAGGAACAAAGAAGACCAGAACUGGGCUCAUGUGACGCUUCACAAGCUCACAAGCCUCAGGUUAAAAGAACCUUUGAGAAUCAAAAGACAGAAGAAGAGAUUCCUGAGGAGGUGGCGGAGGGUGAUUCGAUUGAAAUUGAGGCAGGAGAGUUAAGACAAAGCCAGCCGAGUAUGGCCAAUACUAUCAGCAACAUGAAAAUGACUAAUCCCAUAAAGGGGCUUGUUAGCAAACGCCGUAAACGUUUCACCGAAGAUGGUUUUAAUCUUGAUCUCACAUAUAUAAAAACGAAUCUAAUAGCUAUGGGUUUUCCUGCUGAGAAGCUGGAAGGAGUGUAUAGAAAUCACAUUGAUGACGUUGUUAAGCUGCUGGAAUCGAAACAUAAAGACCAUUAUAAAAUUUACAAUUUGUGUUCCGAAAGAUCGUACGACUGCAAAAAAUUUAAACAAAGGGUGGCUACUUACGCAUUUGAUGAUCAUAAUCCACCAAAGUUGGAGCAGAUUAAGCCUUUCUGCGAGGACGUGCAGUCGUGGCUGUCCCAAGAUAAGGAAAACGUUGCAGCAGUUCACUGCAAGGCGGGCAAAGGUCGAACGGGUGUGAUGGUAUGCUGCUAUCUACUUCACAGCAAACAGUUUCCCACUGCCACGGAAGCCCUUAAUUAUUAUGGAACUAAACGGACUCACGAUAGGAAAGGCGUAACGAUACCAUCGCAGAGAAGAUAUGUGGACUAUUAUGCUACCCUUCUCCAACAGGGUGUCAGUUAUGCACCAGUGACACUAUUACUACGUAAAAUACAACUGGAUCCGGCUCCUAUUUUCAAUGGAGGUCAAGGCUGUCUGCAUUUUGUAAUCUCGGAAUCAAACAAAAGGAUAUUUUCUGACGAUUAUGAAGUUCGGAAAGGUACGUCUACUAUAUGCAUCCCAUUACAACACACCGUCGCUAUAACGGGAGAUAUACGGGUGGAGUUCUACAACUACAGGCCAAAAAUGAAACGAAAGGAGAAGAUGUUUCAUUUUUGGUUCAACACAUUUUUCGUCCGUGAGAAAACGAAUUCCGAGUGUGACAAUGGUGAAUUACAUGUUGAAAGAUCGGCGAGGGCAUUUAGUUGCGACGGCACGGCCAUGGAAUUGCCGAUGGUUAUGUCACAUGUGAAACCUAGAACUGGAUCGUUGGCGAGCCUCGGUCCCAUGCCGCCUACUCUGGUUUUACGGAUAGACAAAUCGGGAUUGGACAAUGCACACAAGGAUAAAAAUCAUAAACUAUAUAGUCCGGAUUUUAAAGUGAGCCUAUUUAUGCAUAGCGUGAGCGGGAACAUAUCGCCAGCUGUGCCAGCGACGACGAACAGAAGUGGUGAUGGUGUGCAGCUGGGGAUGGGCGGGCAGGAGACGCCAAGCGAGUCGAGCGAGGCGGACAGCAGCGAGUGUGACACCACUGGUGACGAGGACGGUUGGGAAUCCGGUGAGUCCUCUGCAUCCCUGGUGGUGAACCACCACCCUCUUACACACAGCAGUAGCCGUACACACGUUAGCAGUCUGCGUCCGCGAUGCAGUCUCAAGGAGACCGCCAAGGGUCUGCUGUCGCGUGGCGACAAGAACCGGAACAGUAACAGGCAGGGUGUCUCCGGUGCGAACGCGAAACGUUCCUCCGCUCCGUUCGCGCGCUCGGCCACUCUCGACACGUAGUAGCUUAACGAACGAGCUUUCGGUACUUAAGAACGGUCGGCCUCGCACUGUAACGCGUUUCGCGUUCUCACGAAAUCGCACAUUUCGCGAAGUCGUAACGUGCGCGUCCUGCUUUUUUUCUUUUUUUGUUUUUUUUUCCUUUGCGGACGCGCAUUGGACGGCUUAAUACGCGUAAAGCGACGAUUAGAAUCCGGAGUAAUCCGUUGUACGACAUUUUUGCAGUAACCUCCGCUCGUUACGUUGCUUUCGUUUUUGCACAGUCGUUCCGUUUUCUCUCUUUCUCUUUUUCUCUUUCUUUUACUUUUUCUUUAUUAUGUCGUGGGACCAUGAGCUUUAUUUUUUCCGUAUUGACAAGUCAUGUCUUACUAAUUACAAUACUGUUUACUGUUGAUCGAUUCUUCACAUAUAAUGCUCGAUAGCGAAGUAGUUAUUAUCGUAAAAAUGCACCAAGAGUUUUGAAUUAAAUCAUUUGAGUAAAUUAAUUGGUUCGCUACAUAGAGACCGAGAAGUAACACCGGUGUAAUAUGAUUUUAACAAGAUGCACUUUCGGAUAUUUAUGACAACAGCCCAACCUUCGUUACUUCAAUAUGAAAAAAUUUUAACGCAAUCUGAAAAGAAGCGUAUUCUGCUUCUGCUACGAUUCGUGUCAUUUUUUUUCGAAGUUUUUCAUACCAUUAAAAUGUUUGCAAAUGGGAUAGGCACUUACCUGUGUUAAAAGGCUCUUAAAAUAGCAUAGGACAAUUACCAUGAGUAAAGAAAACCGAAGUGAAUUGGUAUUGACAGUUGUAAUCCAAAUAUCGAUAUAGGUCGAUCAAUAAAAAAAACUUUGUACCGCGAAAACUGACGGUGGAUCUUUCUCUUCCAGUUUUUCUUCUUUCAAACAAAAUUGUACCUCAACUCGCGUAUUAUUUCAAAUACCAGAAACGAGAAAAAUUGAUACAGAAUCACGCACAAAUUAAAUUUCAAUAACAUUCUGCAAUUUAAAAUGCGUCUACGUGAAAUUUACUCUGUUCAAACAAAGGUUUUAUUUAUUUAUUUAUUUUUAAACAAUCCAUGUAUUUUUAUUGAAAUCACGCGUAUAUUUGCGCACAAUCGAUUUUAUCCGUCCAACAAAAUUCUUUCGAAUAAACCAGUGAUAUAUCCAGUAAUCGCAGAAUAGCCAAUAUUAGUGCCUAUUACGCGAUAAUAAAAAGGGAAAGGUAUAAUUUUUUCUAUUUUUUACGUAUGAAAUCGCGAAGCAGCGUGGCACUUGACGGAGAUUACGUUUUCUCUUGUCCUUUUCUUUAAUAUUUGUUUAAUACAUCCACAUUUUAAUUAAGAGCGGAAAUAUCUGUACAAUUUAACGGAUUUAAUUGGCGGCGUUUUUUUCCGGUUUAAAGCUCGAAAUUUCAAUUGUAUUUCUCUUUUGCGGUAAGUCGGACGGAAAAAGGAAAAUCAGAAAUAUGAAAUAGAUACAAUUAUUAGAAGGAACCUCGUGAGCGCGUCGAGUUGCAGAGUUGAAUAAAUAAAGAACAAUCGCGAGUUUACAUUGAACUUUCCACAAAAUGUGUGAACAGGCAUAGAAAGGAAAAAGAAGAAAAACAUAGAAGAACGCGGUAGAUGGUUAGGCUGUGCGGUAUCUGAAAUUUUUGGAUAUCUUCUGAACACGAACAAUUUUGAGCUCGCGUUUCCGUACACAUCUCAUUCGCGCGUCGAAGCACUCUAAUUUUCAUUCUUCGUAAGAAAUAAUGUUGCUCGUUCGUCUUGUGAUUUUAUAACAUAAUACACAUAUACAUACAUACAUGUAUCUAUACACGAUGCACAUAUACGAACAUAUAUACACAUGUACAUACAUAUAUGAAUGCAUUCAUACAUGCAUAAAUACAUACACAUAUGUGCGUAUAUAUGUAUAUAUAUAUCCUGUAUGUAUGUAUGUAUAAUGUACGAAGAAGAUAUGUAGGAAGAUAUCGUGAGUUUGUUACAGAAAGAUUUACAAAUGUAACUACAUUUGACCAAUGUAAUAGAAAAUUCGUCGGGUUUAUGUACAAUCUGAAAGACAGUUAUUCCAUCGAAGUAAUCGUAGUACGUACAAUUUAUUUGCCGUUGGGAUGAUUGCGGGAUGAAAAAACAGAGAGGAGCGAGGUAGCGGUGAGAGAACGACGGUAAAAUACAGUUUUAAGAAGCGGUGUUAAAACUGAUAUUUCACCGAGAGUUUCUUUCGACACGCGGGCAUAGCUAGCAUCCGCAGGGAAACUUUCGUUUAUCCGUUUAUCGACGUCGUGGAAGUACAAAUAUGUAGAAAUCAGCCUUUAUAUACGUCGUGAGGGAUUAAAGUAAGCCGCGGGUGCUGCUGAUUAUUAAAUGGCGAUUUUUGUACUCGGUUCGCAACAAUAUGACUCUCAGACGAGAGCUCGGACUGUAGAUGCGAGGAAGAAAAACACGGGACGGAAUUGCAGGCAGCGUGGAAAAAAAAGAGAGAAAAAAAAGGAGAAUCUGAAAGUGUAGAUUUAAAAUCGCGAUUGUCUUUCUGUCGGUUAUUGCUCUUUUUUUAUUGCAUAGAAAGAUGAUUACGAUCUUAGAUUAAGAUACGUACGUGACUAUCGUUGCGUAGAAUAUAUGUAUAAAAUAUGAAGAAACGUAAAUUAUUAGACGAUUGAGUACAUACAUACAUACACACACAUAUACAUACACAAACAUACAACUAGCUUCGGGGUCGUACGUGUAGUUAUUACGUAAUUAACUAUCGAGAUCUACGAUUCUUCUUUCGUUAUAUCAACUAGAUGGAAUCAUUGUAGAUAUUGGUAAUUGUAAUUCGAUCAUCGCGGUAAUAUGCUCUAGCAUUGUUAGUAUUACGUUAGCAGAUUAUUCUUUUUUUUUUAUACAAGGCUAGGCCUUACGAUACGACAUAGUAAUCGCGUGUUUUACCUUUCGCACGGAGUCGGAAUUAUUUAAUGAUACUUGAAAUACGCUUUAUUACAAGUCUCAAAGGAAAAGAAAGAAAAAAAGUGAGAAAUAAAAAAAAGAGUGAGAAGGGCUUAACAUGUUUUUUUCAUGAUUUUAAUAAGAUGAUUAUUUCUAAUAGUUAGUAAAAAAAAAUGGAACGCGUUCCAUAUACCCCCGUGGAUACGCGCUCCGCUGUGUCUCUAAAUGUAUAGUAAACAGAAUUAUAUUUAUUACAUAAUAUUACAUAUAAAAUCGUUCGUUUAAAUAAAAGUACGAUAUAAAUAACGAUAAAGAUUUUCACGGGUGUUUUCUGUGUCCGUGCUCGUGAAAAAUAGGUGAAUUAGUUUGUCAAACGGCCAGAAAUUCGCGAGGUGUGAUCGCGAGUAAAUUUUUCGGAGAGGUGUAUCUUCCCCCCCCCCCACACCCCCCGAAGCUAGAAUUAAGUGUUCAUCGCACAAUUUUGUAAAUACGUAGCCGAUUAACUAUAUCGAUGUUAUUCUUCUAAGGACUAUAAUUUUGACAAAUUAAUUCAGUGUAGCAUACUGAGUGUGCUAGACUUAGCAAGUUCAUUUCCUGUCUAUAGUUUCUUUCACGUCAUUAAUUUGAAGUCAAUUUUUCCUCUACAAAAAAAAAAGAUGGAGAUCCACUCGGAGUCAAACUUCAAAGGUGUAUACGAAUCGUAAAACUUUAUUUAUUAUUUUUAAAUAGACUUUAACCAGAUUUGUAAGUUGGGGACCAGUUACAAAUAUAUUUAAUAUUGGAAAUUUAAAACUUGCGUGACAAAAAAUGAUGUCGCAUUUUUUUAAAUCUUGGGCGAGGAAAAACUGAUUUCAAAUUACACGAAGACUUCGUAGGUGAACGUUGUUUAGCUAGGUCUGAAACAUUUUUUACAAGGCCUUUAAACGCGUAAACAGCUUUGACGAGUCCCUCUUUGAUUUUUCUCAACAUUUUGUAGUCGUAGCAUUGAGAUUUGUAUUUGGACCUUCUGAAAAGCAUGGGAUGUCGAAUGUAUUAUGACGUUGACGAAGAAGCAAUUCAUUUCCUCAUUCUUUCAUACCUUCUUUCGAUAUCGCGAACGAAUAAACGUACACUGAAACCUCGUACGUUUUCCCGCCCCCUUUCUUCGUUUUUUUUUUAAUUUUGUUUUAAACUCCGUUUUCUCGUAUCAUUCUCGUUGCAUGUAAAUAAUUUAUAUAAUUGCGACUAUUUGAAAAUAUUGUUACAAUGUUUGAGACAUGUGUAAGAUCUGUAUAAGCAAGAUACGUCUGUUUUAAUUGUAUAAUAAUUAUUUUGUGAUACUAUUCGUAUACUUAUAUAUUAUCAUUAUUAGUAUCGUUGUUAUAUCAUUAUUAUUAGUACUAUUAAUGUGUUAUUAUACUAGAACGCUAUUGCUACUACAGAUACACAAACACACACACUUGAUACAUAUACAUAUACAUAUGUUGCUAUUCUCCAAUCAAUCACGUUUCGCGAGAACGUCUUUAUAAUUAUUACUUAACAUAAUUGAGAUGUUAACGAUUUUUCAAAGUACUAUUAUGUUUACGAAUGUACUACUAUGUUUACGAAUGUACUUCUGUAAUUCGAUAUUUUUAAGGAUAAGAUAUAUAUAUAUAUAUAUAUAUAUAUAUAUAUAUAUAUAUAUAUAUAUAUAUAUAUAUAUAUAUAUAUAUAUACACGAGUACGUAGUACUAUACAUUUUGUAACAUUUUCUAUUUGCAGCGCCUAUUUCUGUAGAGAAACAUACAUGUUACUUUUUUCAAUCCUAUCUCCAAUGUUUUUUCUUUACAUUUUCAACCAUUUCUCUUUCUCUUUCUUCUUCGAAAGGAUCGUGUAGCGUUUGCGACAUCCGUAAUUGCAAUUAUAUUCUCAAUGCUUGAUGCCCUCCAAUCCCUGGCGCCCCUGUUGAGAAGACCGAAGUGUAUUACAAUAUAUUAUUUGAAGUCGGAUACAUUAGAUUAAAACCCAUAAAGGCUUGCGUUCCAUUUAUUGCACUAAAUGUUCAUCCGCUUUUAUAUCUAGUAGAAAGAUAUCUCGAUCCAUGCCGCAAUCCUGAAAGAAGACUGCUGUAGGGAAGACUCGGUUUUUAAACAUAACUUCGAAAAAUUUUUAUUUUUCUACGGAUUAUUACGAUUUAAAAGUUUUCACAUCGAAUUGAAAAAUUUAACAUGACAAGAAAUUGCAUUGUGUGUGCUAUUUCAUAAAUUCUCUCCAAUUCUCUAGAAAAUUUGUUUAUCUAAAAUCGUGGCAGUCUUCUUUCAAGUGCUCUAUACAUGCUCACGUAUUCUUAUAUCGUUUACAUCUUAUAUUAGUAAUUAGAACACAAUCAUUAUCAUAUUGUACAAAACAAAUGUUUUUUUCGUAAAACAGAAAUAUUUUGUGUCUCAACACUGCAUUGUUCUCGAUUUUUGCAUCAUUGUUGCUCUGCAUAUGUUUAUUGCAUGCCGUCGGAAUGUACAUCAUCAGUCUUUGUUACGUAUUAUCAGUGUAUUAUCAUGUCGUUCAUGAUUUUUUUUUUUUUUUUAAGGACAAGAUAAUAUUUCUCAAAGUGAAGGUGAGGGUAGGAGUGACGAGUCAAUUUGACGGACAUAAUUUUUCUUUGUCAAUCCGCACAUAAUUCACAGAAUUAUCGCACCGUUCAGUUUUUUCAGUAUACUCUCGUGUAUCCGAGAGAUAAAUCUCGAGUUUUUUUUAAUAACAGAAUUUCGAUGUGUCUCGCUUUCCAAUCUGAGUGAAAGAAUCAGAUGAGAUCAGAGUGGAAGAAGCACUUUGCCCUCUACCAUCGUUCUUUAUAUGUAAAAAUCGCUAAAAUAAGCCAUUGUGAUCAUUGACUGACCGAUUGUGUCUCUGUGUCUGUUCACCCUUAGUGGACUUGGACCAGCGCGUCGGCCGGUACCGUCUUCUGUCGGAUGGAGGGAUGAUAGAUCUUUUGUGAGCCCAUCGCCAAUCACCCCUAAUCAUCCUUCGACUUCAUUAAUAUUUAAUAAAUUUUCAGACAUACACAUACAUAACACACAGACACGUACAUUCACACACGGACGCGGACGCGUUUAACGAAACAUUUUACCGCGUCGGAAGAACUCCACGUUUACGUUUAAGCUUUUGUACUUGAGUUAGUAUCCUUUCUAGGGCCAGACAGAACAAGCCAAUGUGAUUUUUUUCUACAUAAAGAAGGAAAAGAAAAAAAAAAGAUAUAUAUCGAGACUAAUCGCUUUCUUGCCGUUACGAUUCGACGUCGACGAUGAUGAUUUUACACCAUUUACACACGCGACAGAGAAGCGUAGAGAUUAGGUUUGCGAAUGAUUAUUGUUAUGAAUGGAUGUGAGGAAUAGAGAGAGAGAAUGGGAGAGAAAAUGAGCGCGAGAAGAGGGUCGAGUGAUUGGGACGAAAGUAUUUAUUAUCCGUAAGAACCUAAUCAAAAUUAACGUAUUCACAGAUUUACUAACAAUGUACUGUUUAUAUUAAGCACAUUUUACUUGGACUCUUUCCAUCUCUCUUUUUGUUUUCUCGUAAGCGUUACCGUUGAGUUCACUUCAUUCUGCAUGGCAUAUUUAUUUAUUUUUUUUUCAUAUGGCAAUUGGACACAUAGAGAAUUUUUGUCAUGUUCGAACGAGCAUCCGUUCUCGUUUAUCCGGAAAAUUUCUGAUGAAAAAAAAAGUAGGAAAAUAUAUUAUAAUAAAAUUAUAAAACGUCUCACGUAAGAAAAACAAAGUAUUUUACAUAUAUUGUUUAUCUCAAAUAUUUAUUUUAAAAAUAUGCGUAAACAUGCACAGCUCUUUUGUUAAUUUUGAUGGAUUAAUUUCAAUUAUUUCUACAUAUAAUUUGCACUCUUGAAUAUUUUAAUUAAUUUUCUUCGACAACGUUUUAUUUUCUAACUAAUCCGAUUACAAAUUUUAGAGAACUUGGAGAACGACGCGGUAGACUCGCCGAAUUGUGUCGAAAAUUGUCUAUGCAUGCAAAAGCUUAGGAAAUUGGCGAAACUUGUCUGAAAUGGAGCUUUCAACGCUAAACAUGCGAUUCUUACAUUUGUCACAAGUGAGCUUGUAAAUUCUUGGACUAAUUCGGUGACGGACGCGUAUUCGUUCUAUUUUCGUCCGAAUGCGAAACGAAAAAAGAAUACUAUGGACUUCUCUAAGCGUUGAAAUAUUCGAAGGAAUACUUCGCGAAGCUGCCCUACUUCGUAUAUCACUUGUCGAACGAAGCAAAAACUGCGAGAAUAGAGAACUUCCAAGCUCAAUACAUUUAACUUUAUACGUACUUUCUAAUUUAUCCUUCACUUUUUCCGCUUGCGAACCUGUGAUUAAUAAUGAUUUUUCUUAGGUAAAAAGAAAACAAAAGAACAAGUAUACAGCCAAAUUUCAAAACGACGACAGAAAUAGAAACAUUGUGUCUGUUAGGUAGAGGAAGUACGGUCGAAAACAAAUGAACGGGCUAUAUAUACAUAUAUGGCGUAGCGGAAAUCCAUGUUUAUAAUGAACUAUAUAUGGACUGAGAUGGAAGAAAAGAAAAUGAGAAAAUAAUGCUGUAAAAAAACGAAUAUUUUCAUAAGAAUAUAAAUAUCGUAAGUCAAUAAUAAUAACGUCUAGAGAGAAUAUUGUAUGGAAUGCAAAUCGCCAUCGUGAUUUCUUCGCUGAGAGAGAUUCUCAUCCGUAUUAUAUAUCCUUGCGAGUCUCUCGCGGUUCGUACGCUUGCAACAAUCGAGCAAGAUUCGCAGGGGAUUUGUUGUGCUGAUAGAGCUCAAUAUUGACUGGUAUAUAACGCGCGUUUAGGAGAUCGAGAAUCUUCUUUGAUUUUCGUUGACGCUGGACGCUCCAGAUUCGUCGCACUUCGUUUGUGAUCCGCUCCGGCGAAUUUAGGCUCGAGAGAGAGAGAGUUCUUUGUUCAAUAAAAAUGUUUAAGAAUAAAGUAAAAUGAUGUUCCUUCAAAAUCAGCCGAGAAAUAAUUUUAUCGUUGGAUCAAUUGGUCGCGAUUGGUUCUCUUUUUUAACAUCUCAAUAAUAUUUUGAUUCAUGCUAAACAAGACGUUCUAAGUUUGCCAAGAAACUUGUAGUUGAAAGAGAUCGCGAUAUUUUUAAGAUUAUCCUGAUCUAUCUAAUAUUUCACGAAAUGAUAAAAAGGCACAUUAUUUUACUUGAUACCUUUCGACUGUUGUAUAGAAGGAUAAAAGGUGAUCGAUUUUCAAAUUCCUCAUCUUGUGUGCGAUAUCCUUUCGACGUAAAUUUAUAGCACGGAUUCGUCGUGCGCAAGAGUGUACAAAAAGAAAAAAAAAUAUAUAUAUAUAUAUAUUCAUUAUCCUUCAAAUAUUCUUUCCACUUAAUAUUCAGCACUAUUUCAGCAUACGAAAGUGCUUGAUAAGUAUGUAGAUACGUGCAAGGACUUCCCAUCGUUGGAUCCUUCGUGGACGUCCUUGCGCGUAUAAUAUGUUCAUACAGAGAGCUUACGCCGACUCGACAUCCUGAACUUCUUUCCGGUGCGAUUCGUUGUCCUUGGUCUGUUGCAUUAAUCUUGUGUUGCAUCGAUAGAGCACUCUAGUAACGCGCGUGUAGUUAGGACUACGUUCUAACGUACUACGAAAUACUGCGAAACCACCUGCCAUGUCUCAGAAAAAAAAAAAUAUGUCACUGCAUCUCUUUACGAAUGCUGACUUUAAUAAAGUCUUCUGAGAAUUGUGUGUGUGUGUGUGUGUGCGUGUGUGUGUGCGUGUGUGUGAGAUAUAUCUGGCAUCUCUCAUUUAUAUAUACACACAAACACACACACACACACGCACACGCACACACACACACACACACACACACACAUCUCUCUCCAGCUUCGUAUACAUUUAGAAGCCGCGAGUUGCAUAAUCUCCGAGAGACACAUCGUUCGCGGGCGAACGCAAUCGGCAAAUGCUCGGCAACAGUUGACUUUUUCGAUUAAUAAAUCUCGUUGCUAUCGUCAGGGAAGAUGCUCUUUAAAUAAUUAACUUAGUGAAAGUUUUGUCAUAAGAUAUUUUAUACUCUUCUUCUUUUAUAAAUAUGUGAAUUGACAGAAAAGUGAUUACGGCGGAAUUUAACUUUUUUCUUGUUAUGUUAAUCUGUUAGAUUUAUGGUGGUAGAUCGAUCAUGUUUCAAAAUUAUUUAUACGAUUUCAAAUUUUGACUGCAGCGAUAUUUGAAAACUGGGAUAGCCAGUGUUAUCGCAACUUGGAAAUGUAUUCUUAAACAGAUUAUAUUUCUUCUGCAUCUAAAUAAUCGUGAUAUUGAUCAUUCUGUUUUCAUUGUCGAGCGAUGAUUAAUUAAUUGAUCAAUAUUUGCAUUGAUCAAUUCAUCAAAAUGUUACUGGACUUUAUAAGGGUAUUGAUAAUCAUAUAAUAACAUACACCCGAUAAGUAUCAGCAAACUUCCACUGACCUGGAUCUUUCGCUAAUUAAUUUCAAAGGUUUUCGGCCUUUUCCUUGAAGCAGCCACUUCCGUAAAAUGAUGACGUCAAUGUUCCUACACGUAGCAUAAAAGCUGUAAAUCAAAAGCUUCGAUUUAGCCGAGUACAAUUAUAACAAAGUAGUCCAUCAGAAACGUAAUACACGCAUACUUUGCUUUUGAAGAUACGAAGGGAAAUAUCCAGGGCAAAAGUUUUUUUUUUGCAUAACCAUCAGAAUAAAAAUUAAUAUUUGCGACAGUAAUAGAAUAUUGUCGCAAAUAUUAAUUUUUUUUUCUUUUUAUAUUGUCUCAUAAACGCCUAUAAUCUUAUCUAAGUCAAACUCAUAUUUCUGAUAUUAUUCGGACGAAAAAAAUUUCGAAAAAAUUUUCUUGUCUUCUUAAAACCGUUCGAGUUUUGUCCUCGACAUUCUUUCAACACGUUCAGAAAUACUCAAAUAUAGCUUCUAAGAAACCACCCACACCGAUCGAUCAUUAUCAUUUAUUAAUCGAAAAAGAGACAUUUGGAUUUGAAAAGGAUUCACAUACACACACACACACACACACACACACACUUUCAUGCGAAACACAAGGAGGGAGUAAAUGAGAAUUGGAACAUCUCCCCUGUUUGCCAUCUGUAGCGAAGCCGACGAGGAGAGAAUCAACGAAGCCGUUCUUUCGCCAUAACAAAUAAAUUUCGUUGUACAAAAGUGCGUGUGAGAAAAAAAAUGAGAAAUGAGCGUUCCGAUUACCUUGCUAUAUGCCUGCGUAUCAGUGAUUGUUGCGUUUAAGUGAAUCUAAAGAGCGAACUCGAAAACUCUCGCGGAAAGCGAGGAAAAUCCCCGAACCGAAUUUUUCCUCCCGCUGAUCGGUAUACACGUGCGAGUCGCGAUAAAAGCGACGCGAAAAGCUUAUUUUUAACAUCGACGAUUUUAGGGCCGAUUUUAUCUAAAACAGUGUGUACAUGAAUUUCAUACGCGGCCGCGUAUCAACGAUCGGUUUCUGUUAUUCUAUUGCGCGUAGAACUUUAUUAUUACCAUAAAGUUACCUUUAUUAUCGAUUCACGACCUACAUUAAGACGAUCCAGAAAAUGGAUAAUAUAAUAGAGAUAUAUUUUUGAGCGAAUCAGUUUGAAAAUUUGAUCGGAGAUUUCCUAUUGCAACUUGUUAGCGUAGAUGAACAAAUUUAAUUUUCAGAAUUCUAGAAAAAAUGUUCGUGUGAAUUUUUUAUUCAUUAAAACACUAAUUUAUGCAGCGUCAUAUAAUUUUAGAAACUAUAUGAAAAAUAUUAAUGUUUCUUUAUGGAAUUUUUUUUUUUAUGAGAAUCUGUUUAUUCACAUUUGAAAUGGUCGCUCUUUUUUUAGAGAACACAUUUAUUUUCCUAAUCUCCCAUUUUUCUGGAUCGCCCCGGAUAACAGUUAACAAACGCGACGGACGAAAUCUUUUUCGUACAUUUUGUUACACGAACGCGUAUAAUCGACAUUCGGUCGUCUUUUACAUCUACGCGAUAAACGUAUUUUUGUACUUUCUCCUUAUUGUUAAAUUGGAUGCAGGUAUGUAUGCCGUACCUCUCUCGAUGCGUAUAAAUAUAGGAUCUCAUAUUAUAUUAUAUACGAAAUAUUGAUUAACGAUUACGCGCGAUUACUCGUCACUUAUCAUUUAGAAUGAAACAAAAUAUGGAUUAGAGAUCGAUUUAGAGCGCGCGGAGCGAUCCGAUAAUAAAGUACGUUUACUUCGCCGAUUUUUUAUAUCGCACCAGUCUCGGUGUCGACGAGAGUAAAAUUUUGUCAUAAAAUUGUGAAUAUAUACAUACGUUAGUUACUGACAAAUAAAUGUUACACGAUGCAGUUUGUGUAAGAAUAUCCCCUGUUCGUGUUCUUUCGAAACGAGCCGCAUCUCUCCUCCGACUUUACUUUCUCCGACAAGUAGAUAUUGUACAAUACAAUUACGAAGGAAUACUUGUAAUCGAAAGCUGCAAAUUUAUACCGUUGAUCAUUUCCAGAAUUUAUAAAGAGAUUAAAGCGCGCGCACAAAACUCUAGAGUUAUAUUUUAUCAUGUUUACGGAUAUAUGUAUAUGUCUGUCUGCGUCUAUAUAAGCCUGUCCUUUGUCCGAGAAAACAUGUUCGAUAUAACUUGUAUUGAUAUUCCUGCCUUAACAACCCCAUUGCGACCGCAAGCAUUGACACUAAUAUUUAUUAGUUGUCGGAUCGAACACUGCAAUGAAUGUAAUAAAGGCAUCUGAUUAAACCUCUUAUCAUUAUUGCGAAAUAAACUAAUUGUAUAAUCCACUUCAAGAGCGUGUCUCUCGAACUUACGAGUCUAAGAGUGAGUAAUGUAAGAUCUUGUUACAUUUUCUUUUCGCAAUCAGCUUCGUGUUGCGUUCGCCAGGGUAAGUUCAAGAGCAAACAAGUUCCAUCGAAAAAUUCAUAUUUUAUACGGAUAAAAUGCAUAAUGAAAUCUUUGUUUUUUUUUUUUUUCGUAAAUUUUCCUCGAACUCGACGCAUUUUACUCUAUUCGUUUUAUCUGGUAAGAUGGAAUAUCGUGUGGCUACUGUGCGAGAGCACUGGAUUUGUAAUUGACAAGAUUUUAUCCGUACAACCCACUUUGAACUUGGAUAAAAAUAUUAAGUAGCUUUUAUGAAAAUUAACAUGUAAGUGACUGCAAAAGGCCAAUGUAACGAGCAAAAAUUAAAAGUUAUUUUAAUAAAAUUAUACGUUUGAUACAAGAGACACGGUAGUGUCACGUUAAGUAAACGCGCCGUACACGCACCUGAGUUUAUCGGAUCUCAAUAACGACUGAACCGAUCAAGUUAGAGUAGGAUCGAUCGAUAGUUUGGAUUUGCAUUAUGAUAAAAGUGUCUCAUAUUUCCUCUACGUGCCCUACGAGCGGAGAUAUCGCGCAAAGUUCGAAUAAAACAUAUGAAACGUUUCGAUUUUCAUAUUUUUCCUUAGUCAAUACAUAAAUAUAAUGUAAAAUUAUUUUAUUAAAACGUUCAUUUAAUAAGAAGUGCACGAUAAUUUUAUAUUAUAUUUUUGCAUUGACUAAGGAGAACUGUUAAAAUCGAAACGUCAUUCCAUAAAUUUGAUGUUGUGUUAAAUACACAAUUUUAUUAAAUUAUCAAAUAUCAAAUAUAAUCUAAUUUUGCACGUUUUAUUGGCCUUUGACAUUUACUUAUUUCUGGAAUUGAAUAUGUAUUUUAGACUUGUGAUUUUCGAUGCAAAAAGGGAACAAAGCGACGUGUGCGCAAUAUAUUACUACUUGUCAUUUUCACAUGUUAAAAGUUACCGAAAUAAUAUUUUUAUCCAAUGGAGCGUCAUUGCAAUUUAAAUAUCUGUUAAGCGAAACAAAGUACGAGGUGAAUUUGGAAAAAUGCGUUGAGAUUUGGGAAACGGAGAAAUAUAAUACGAGCUUUUUUUUUACAUCCUCGAACAUAAAUAUGCGUGUAAAAAGAUCCGUUUAUCUUUUUUCUCUCUUUUUUUUCGCUUGUCCUCGCUUCUUCAUAAUCGGCAUUAGUUCGCACGGUUCCCUCCUGCCCACCCGCCCAAAUACCUGUAGCUGUUGGUUGACCCAGAAAUUUUACGAAUAUCUCUUCUCGACACCGCGCCUUUCUCCACGACUGACGAUAGGUCUGCUUGCAGGGGAGUCGACAUAUUUGUGACUGUUGAGACUUGACUGAUGAUGGCGGGGCCGAUUGGGGCUAAACCCUGUGACGAUCAACCUCUGACCGCUGAAAACCUCGCACCGCUUGAUUACCGAAUCGAAUUGUGUGUGCGAAUAGAUGAAACGACCACCAUCGCCAUCCCGUGCCUGCCACACCACGCAUGCAUACACACCCUGCCCGCCAUCCCCCGCCCCACAAAAACUUCUUGGUACACACACGCUGAUGCUUCACGAAAGAAAAGAGUUACGUUAUCAUUUAGAAUUAAUUAAUUUAACGCAUUGUCGUGUGUCGCAUCGUGCGCGUCAUCAAUACACGGCUUUUAUAUAAAAGAAAUAAAGCGCCAGUUCUUUUUUCAAUUUCCAUUGUCGCCGAGAGAUUCUCCAGUAUGAAUCGCGACGAUCUAUUAUUAGAUAGCGCAUAAAUGAUUUUGUAUAAAUGCAAAUGUAUUUAUGAAUUAUCAUCGAAUCGCGAUAUUAUUCGGAUCGAAGUCCAAUGGUCGCUGCAUCAAGUAGAGGAAUCCUUAUUUUGGCUGCAAGUAAAUCGAGAUCCUUUUACGAAAAUUAUAAAAAUUAUCUUCUGGAAAAGUUUUUAUUAUCAUGUGUGAAAACAAAAUUAAGAUGAAGUAAUAAAUCCAAAAUAACAGUUUUAAAAGGAAGUAACUUUUAAGAACGUAUUUUGAAUUUGCUACAUAGAGAGGCGCUUAGUUUCUUCUGUACAAAAGCUGUGUAUGUGUUCACAUAGUGCUAACGAGAUUUUUUUAUUAAAAAAAAAAAAAGAAUAUUCGUAAACAUUUUCGUUUCGGUCUCGCGUUUUGCUGUCGGAAAUGGAUCGAUUUCGCAUACAAGUCGAUUGAGAGUCCCGGGUACGAAGUACUUCCCCGCGUACGCUCAAGUACGAAGAAUCCCUAAAAUACGCGCUGUCGUGUGUGACGCGCAUACAUGAGAUGUAAAUCGAGAAUUUCUCUCUUUUUUUUUAUUUAUUUAUUCAUUCUCCGAGGAGAGCAAUAACGAUGUUCGCAACUCUUACGCGAAUAAUUUAUUUAUUAUCUUUCCCGAUGUAUUUUAUUCGUUAUGAUAUACGUACGCAAGCGUUUCUUUUCUUUUCUGGUGUCUCUUCGACGUGAUGGACGAUUCAUUUCGACGACGUAGAUAUCCGAUUUGUCGCAAACAUUGUGUAUUCGCGCGCUGAUAUUAUUACUACUUUAAGUUCGCCUUAUUUUUUUUUGUUACGAAAUUCGUUGAUUUAACCUGUACAAUAACUUUCGUUCUUUUUUUUUAUUGCCGAUAAAGCAGGAUAUCAAUUAUCAAUAUGAUGUUUCGAUAAUUGUUCGAUGAAAAUGCACGCUACAGUUAAUUCGUUCAAUUGUCUAUUGUGGUCAUCUAUUUUUAAUUUAAUCGUGUUGAAGUGAUGAGAAAAUGAGAGAAAAAAAUAUAAUGACUGAUUGUUGACGUAUGCAAUUGGUGUUUAGCAUCGAAAUACAAUCGUUUCUAAGUAAAAAAUAGAGUUUGUUAUCUAUUAUUAUUAUUAUUAUUAUUAAUUGGAUCGUUUAUGUAUUUUAUUUAUGAUCAUGUUGUACCAGGGUUUUUAAUACUCUAUUCCGAUCUUUUGUAUUAUGCCAUCGGUUAGAAGGAGGAUUCACGACGAGAAAGUUAGAGAAUAAAGCGUUGCGUUUAAGGACGCGUUACGAGAGAAUAGGUACGUAAGAUCCACCAUAGCUGAGAAGUUACGAAUAAACGAUUUUUUACAUUUAGAUUGCUAAGGAUAAGCAAUAAACAAGUAAACGUCGUUUUGAUUUACUUUCGCGCGCAUUUAGCAUUUAAUUAAAUAAAAAAGGGAAAAAAUGGAAAAGAAAAAGAAAAAAGCGAUACCUUCUGUUGUAGUAGAAUAAAUCGAUAUCUCGCAUAUAUUCCGCAAUAGGAGCUUAAGUUUUGUCGCUAACAAUUUUACGAGUACAUCGUGUACCCCCGGCACGCAGAUACGUUCUUUGUGACAUUGUCAAUAGAAUCCGCUCUUUAUAUUAAAUUAAAAAAAGAAGUAUAUUUAUAUUUGCUAUACACGCGCUUAACGCGAAAAAAAACAAUACAUUUGUACGGACGUUGCGGAAUUCUUUGUCUCCUCAGAUAGAUUUCAUUUUUCACUUACCGGAAGCUUUACUGGGACCAAUAAAACUACUUUGUAAGUUUGCGUAUUUCUUUCUUCUUUGCCGCGACGGCGAUCUUAAUUUUAAGAGCUUUAUAUAUUUAUGGUAUAUGUUAUAAAUUAAUUACUUGACUCAGCCUAUAGAGUACAAAAUGCGUGACUUGAUCUCAGAUUUAAAUAGAAAAUUAAUUACCUUUCUCUGCCUUUCUGAACGAGCGCGGCGUUAAUUUUUUGAUGGACGACUAUCAGAGAGUGUACGUUUGAUGAAUCAUGUUAACAAAGGACAGGUUUUAUGUUUAAAAAAGAAAAAGAAAUUAGAAGUUUAUCGCAUAUCGAUCUAAGUACGAAUCAUUUUGACUUUCUCGUUAAACAUACGCACGCGGCAGUGACGCCUGAAAAUUUCCGUUAUCAUCUGUGUGGGUAGCAGCGAUUCGUAUCUUUGGAAUAAAUCAUGUCCAAUAUGAAGUGUUGCUUUAUGCGGAAAGCAUUUAUUUCACCCGAGCUACGACAGAAGAAUUUAAACAUUUUAAACAGAUAAAAAUACAUGAGAGGAUAAAGUCUUCGAAAGCAUGCCAUAAUAAUUACGAACGUCAUAAUAUUCAUUUCUUUGUUUAGAACUUUUCUACUUUUGUAACGCGUAACUCGGUGAUAUUCUGAACGACUGACGAGGAGCGCGCGCUUUUCUUUACUCUCUCGAGGAUUGAAUUCUUUGCUAUUAUUUAAUCCAUUAAUCUACCCUACUCGUAAGAUCCGAUUGGAAUUUCUCGCUUUCGCAACACAACAACGAAAUAUAUGUUUUAUUUUUUUAUAUAUAUAUGUAUUUGUUUGUUCCUAGUGCGAUUUAUAACGCAGUUAGAUGCGGUCUAGUUCAAAUUUCAUCAAAUCUGGAUUUUACGCAAUCUUUUUAGCGUCUUAUUUUAACAGUUCCCCCUCUUCUCUUAAGCUGCGACUCUGGCAGUCCGAUUUAUCGUUAAUGAUUUAAAGAUAGAGGCAAUACUAUAUAUACUAUCCGCAGAUAGUUAAGUUACAUGUAAUAAUGCGUUCAAAUGACAAAUUGCGUUUUUUACAAUGUACCUUGCAAUAACAGUAAGUUUGAUAUUAAAACAA